AUUCUCUCUCUAAAAACCGUAUCCAUUUUGAUGAGAGAGAGAGAGAGGGUGGGGGGGAGAGAGAGAGAGAGUGACCUGGAAUAAUGGAUUUGAAAGCCACUCUCACACACAGCAACCCUUGAGCGUUUUGAACAUCAAACACGCAGCUUCAGGGUGUUUUUGAAAAAAAAUAAAGGAAAAUAGUACUGUCGAGAAGAUCCGUUUUGUCGAUUCGGGCCUUUUGAACCCGAAAUAUCGCUGCAUUAGGGUUCGGAUUCUCCGAUCCGCCGAGCCAACCUUAUCUCUCAGAUCCUUGGAAGCCGCUCUGCCGAUGGUGUUUUGAUGAUCGUGUAUGCGUUGUAGGUGAGUAGAGUUGUGCCGUUUGGUUUCUAAGGAAAUGUAGGAAAGGGAAAUUUUGAAAUGUUUUUGUUUUACUCUUGGUUUUAUGGCAUCGGCGGUUUUGUUUCGCUUUCUGUUGUUCCCUCCGCACGCAAACGGAGUGGUUCUUUUUUUAGUAGUAGAUCAAUGUGAAAAGAUUAGUUCAGUUUUAGGAAAUGUUUUGGCGUUUUCGCUGUUGAUGUGGAGAUGCUGUUUUUUUGGUUGAAUCGUGGUGUUUUUGAGAAUCGGAUAAUUUGAUUCGUAACGAUCUAAUCGAGUAUAUUCCCCUUUGUGCUUUUGUUUGGUUCAUCAUUCAUUGAUUUGAUUUUGUUGGUUAAUUUCACUGUUCUUGGAUUAAUUCAUGCCCUAAUCAACUUAGUGCUUGGUUUGGUUGCUGAGGAAAUAUAGGGAAUUGAAUGAAAUUGAAAUUUUUGAUGUUUUGGAGUUUCAUUGUUCAGUGCACAGGCGAAAUAAAAUGACCACCACUUUGCUGUUUGUGAUGGAUGUGGAUGAUCUUUUACCUGUUAAUGGGCUUGAGGAGGGCCAUCAAAAUGGAAUUCAUGAGCAACUUUCUGCUGCUGGAGGGGAAGGUGUUAUUCCAGAGAAAGUGAAUGGGAAUCUUGAUCUUAGCACAGAGAGUGCAGGGAUGAAUGGAAAUGCAGAAAAUGUUGGCAUGUGGGAUGACAAUGGAAUCAUUAACGCUUCUACUGCAGAAGUUGGAGAGGGAUCACAUAUCCGUGCAAGAGUCAAUGGAUUGACCAUUUCUGAGGAUUUGGAAGUGGAAGAUGCUGAUCCAUCAAAGCAUUCCAAACCACAGAAAGGUCAAGGGAAGAGCAGUAAAGAGAAACUUUCGAGCCCCAAACAUGCAGGGACUACUUGGGUGAAGAAGAAAGAUGGGAAAGAUGAAAUUGUGACUUCUGCUAGUACCAAUGGUUCUCUUGCCUCUAUUUCACGCCCAAAACAAACUCUCAAAAGUAGAUCGUUCAGUGAUAAGCAGGACCAUCUAUCCAAGCAAUCUAAAAACUCUGAGGCAGCAUCUUCUACCUCAAAUAUGAUACAGCCUGAAGGCCGUGCGGAAAAGACAAGACUGAAGCCUGUGAAACUGGGAGCCCCUACUGUGUCUGAUGUGAACACAAAAUCUCCGAGUCCCACAGAAGAUACAAAACCUCGUAGAGUUGCUGCACUUCCAUCCUACAAUUUCAGCUUUAGGUGUGAUGAACGAGCUGAGAAAAGAAGAGAGUUCUAUACUAAACUUGAGGAAAAGACUCAUGCAAAGGAAAUAGAGCGGACUAACUUGCAAGCUAAGUCCAAGGAAACUCAAGAAGCUGAGAUUAAGAUGCUUAGGAAGAGUUUGACCUUUAAAGCAACGCCCAUGCCAAGCUUCUAUCAGGAACCCCCACCUCCUAAAGUGGAAUUAAAGAAGAUACCACCAACAAGAGCCAAAUCUCCCAAGCUUGGUCGAAAGAAGAGUUCUCCUGCACCAGAAUCUGAGGGAAGCAGUAGCCAUCGAUCAGGCCGGUUAAGUCUGGAUGAGAAAGUGUCCCAGAACAACCCUGCCAAAGGAAUUUCCCCUGGCCAUCCUAAGAAACCGCUGCGGAAGUCCCUUCCCAAACUGCCUUCUGAAAGGACCAACUUAUCCAAAUCAACAAAUGAAGCUGCAUUUCUCAGCCAACAGCAGGAGCCGGUUCAAGUUCCUGAUCCUAGCAAAUCUCAGCCUGAUGCAGAUGACAAGUCAGAGGUUGAAGAGCAAGCUCAGCAGACCAUGUUUCAGGAACCCAGUGCAUUGGAGUGUUAGGCACAGCAGCUUUUGAAUUGGAUGCGCAUUUACAGAGCCCUUGACUCCAUUUCGCCUAAAAUAAGAGAGGUAUAAAUAAGAUUUAAAUCAUCUAUUGAUGAAGGCGUGAAGGAUUAUGCAUCAUUAUGGGUUGUAACGUCGUCUUGUCCAUAGUCAGCAGCAAGGUUUGGUUGUUUCGUGUGCUUUCUUUCAAGAUUGCUGGUCUGGUUGUUGGAACUCUGCAUUCCUGCUUGCUGCUCUGUAUGUUGCUUAUGUCAAGUUGUUGUCCUAAAUUAUGUUGUUUCAGUAUGCUUUAGUUGGUUGGUUAUUGAACGAGUUUGGGAAAAUUUUGGGAAAAAUGUGGCCUUAGAUAGUUCUUAAUUCAAAGUAUUGCCUGUUACUCUGAUGAAAAAUUCAGGUAUUGUUAUUUUAAGUGGUGUUGUUAAUUUUA